GUCCGUGGGCAGGCCAUUGAAAAGACAAGAUUUGGAAGUGCUCACCCUUGAUUACGUGCACCUGCCCAUGGAACGUUUGUCAUGGAGUUUGGUUACGCAGAAGAUUGGCGGAUCUGCAAUCGUUGACGGACCUAUCAACAAUGGCAGGUUUGACUAAAGAGAUUUGUGCAAGAUGUUUAAAUGGGGUGAUAUUACUACUUAUACUCAAUGGGGUUCUACCCAUUACAAUCGAAAGCUUUUCCAAUGAACCCCCAGAACCGAAUGACCCCACUGUCCAUGGGAGUAUUUUGAACCCCUUGUUGAAGGCUUUGUCGGAAAAUGAACCGUGGCCUGAUCUGUCGCCUCGGGCGAGGCCUGACUCCAGAUAUGUCAGGUACAUGAAAAGGCUUUACAAGAUGUCGUCUAGACCGGAGAGAAGUCAUGAAGCGAGUCAUCUGUACAACACAGUGCGACUGAUCACACCUCGAGGGGAAUGUCUGGAUCAAAAUGACGAGAUCUUCAUGCAGGACCUGUCCUACAGCCUGAACCGCGUGCGCUCCAAGGAGCAGCUGCUCAAGUCGGUGCUGCUGUACUCCUUCGACCAGGAGCAGGCGACCACCUUCACGGCCGUGUGCUACCUGGAGAUCGAGGAGCACGACCGCUCCGUCUCGCCACAGCAGUGCUGCCCCAGCCGACGCUUCUCCGCCGCCUUCCCCAUACACAUGGAGCGGCGCUCGCGUCUCAAGUGGGUGGAGGUCAACGUCACCUCCUUCCUGGACCCGCUCUUCAGCUCCCAGAAGCGCGACAUCCACCUGCUCAUCAACCUCACCUGCAUGGAGGAAGGUGUGAUGCUCCAGCACCAGCACGACAGCACUGAAACGGGGCCCGUGGAGCUCACCCUCAGGUCUCCGUCGCUGCUGCUGUACCUGAACGACACCAGCGAGUUGGCCUACCAGAGGUGGCCUCCGUCGCCCUCCAUGUCCACCAGGUUAAGGGGACGCGUGUUCAACCACCACCAGCACCAUCCCCAACACUACCACCAGCCCGGGCUGAGCUUCAGCCCAGACAUGAGGUACUGGCGGCGGAGGAGGAGGAGGAGGAGAAGGAGGGAUGCCGUCCCGGGUGGCGACAACCUGAGGCCGUCCGAGCCUGGCCUCUCCAUGCUGCUGCCCACAGAUGACUUCCUGAGUGAGGACUGUGAGCUGUACGACUUCCGCGUGAGCUUCAGCCAGCUGAAGCUGGACCAUUGGAUCAUCGCCCCGCCCAAGUACAACCCCAGGUACUGCAAGGGCAUAUGCCCGCGGGCCCUGGGGUUCAUGUAUGGCUCGCCGGUGCACACCAUGGUGCAGAACAUCAUUUAUGAGAAGCUGGAUUCCUCUGUGCCCCGGCCGUCCUGCGUGCCCUCGGAGUACAAACCCCUCAGCGUCUUGACCAUCGAGAACGACGGCUCCAUUGCAUACAAGGAAUACGAGGAGAUGAUCGCCACUAAGUGCACCUGUCGAUAAAAAGGGAGAAAAAUGUUAUAUUGGGGUGUUUCUUUAAAGCGAUUUCAUUUCUGGAAAAAAAGCUGAUUUUACACCUCCUCUUGAGUGAAAUAAUUGAGUUGUAUCUUUCCCCUGUACUUCCAGUUUUUCUCUUAGUCUAAUGAUGUUACUUCUAGAUCCAAGCUGGAAAUUAUCAUUAAAUCCAAUGGUACUAUACGAUUCCAUUAUAUAUGCUAGCUUGGAGGUAGAAUUUACACUGGCAGACCUGGAGGGUGACUGGAACUACAGAAGAAAGGUAAAACUCAAUUAUUUAACUCAAGGGAAGGUGUCAAAUCAGCUGAUUUCCAGAAAUGCUACAAUAUUGCUUUAAGCAUUUUUGGCACCAGGUUUGAAAAAAAAAAAAAUGGUAAGGUGUUUGGUAAGGUCAGCAUAGCCAAAUCCUCGUGCAACUAAUUUAUAACUUUGUGGACAUUUAUAUUUCUCAUAUCAAUUCAUAAUAUUUGACAAAUGCUCUUAAAAUCUUUAAAUCUUUAAAUUGCCUGUGAGGAGAUUAAAUCAGGCUUUAUAUUGUGCAUUUAGAGCAUUUUAUCUCAUUGAAAUAUUUGCAUGAAUUCAUGAAUGAUUGUGCUUUUUUUGUUCCAACAUUAAUCUUAUUUUUUCCUUCUUGCAUAUCUGUGUUUGUAUGUGUGUCAUGUUAUUGUUGUUUUCUGUUACAAGUCUUUCCCUUUUGUUGUCUUUAAUGACCUUUCUUUCUUAUAAUUUUAUUUUGCGUUAAUUUAUUCCCGUUGGUUCUCUCUUGAAUAUGCUCGUUCGGUCGUCUCUGUGAAUUUUUAAGAAAAUCUGGGCGGAUGAAGAAAUGUAAUCGUUAUGCCCCCAUGCAAACUCUUUUACACUCGUCAAUUUUAUACCCGUGAUUCGCGAAUGAUGAUCUCUUGCAGCUCACAAGCUCCCUGUUUAUAAAGUCCACUGAAGGAGUUGUUCAUCUGGACAACUUUAAAAAAGACGAUCUGCAUUAAUUGUUGUCAAGGAAAUGCUUACUAAUGAUAUACUGGUGUUACUAACAAACUGCAUUUCAAAUGCCUAUCAAUGUAUAUAUUCACUCACUGUUUGUUCAAAUCACUUAUUUCACAAAAAGGAAUAUUUUUGGAUAUUCAUGUUUAAAAAAGAAUAAAACAGGCAAGCUCAUGUUACCCAUGGGGAACAAGAAAAUAAAAUUCUCACAUUUUUUUUCUUUCUGGUUUAGUUGUAAAUGGACACAAUCCUCUGUGCUCCUCUGAAAGCUUAAAGGAGCACUUCUGCUGUUGUAUUGCUCAGCUCCCACUACCCUUGACUUGACAGUACCCGGUGAUGCUGCAUUUUUCGGCUCUGCCCUUUCCGAGAUCUGAGCUAUUCUAAUGGGGGCAGAUUUUGUUUACAUUUUUAAAAAAUCUUAACAUAGGCCUACUCCAAAUAUUUUCCCAAAAGGUAUCGCUGUUUGCUAGUUGUCUGCUGAUGUUGCA